UUUGAUGCAACUUUUUCAAAAUUUCACAGAAUUCCUUUUAUUCUAUUUUUUUCACGAGCAAUUCAUUCUUCUCUUUCUGAACAGUUUUGGUCCUUGUUAGGGUUUCUUUUUUCUUUUCCUUUCCUCCAAACAGGUCCAAAAUUUUCCUGGUCUUCACUUGAGCUAUAUCCGAAUCCAUUAAAGCUUUCGUCUUUGUCGUCCCUGUUUUGACUUCUUCAGCAACCCCCAACCGAGCCCACCUGUCGGCAUUUCCACUCUCUCCCAUUAGGGUUUCCCAGCUUCACCUCUUGGUUUUUUUUCCUUCUCCUUUUUCUUUUUUCUUCUCAAGCUUUGAGUUCAAGACACUCUCUCUCGACUCUAACUAAUUUCGAAUCGAGUAUGUUUUGGGUUCAAAAGAGGAUUUUGUGAUAAUUCUUUUUUUUUUAAAUAAAAUAAUUAAUUUUCUUUAUUAUCUUUUUGGGCCUUUUUUUUUUCAUUGUUGCUUUUUCUGAAGGCUUGCAUGUGAAGCAAGUUUGAGUUGAAACUAUGAACGUGAUCGGUCUAACUAGAUCUCCAUUUUUGCUACUUUUUUCUCCUCUCUGAAACCCGUGAACUAGAGCUUCGUUUUUUUUUUGAUAGAUCAGGGUUUCUUCUAUGGCCUGCAUUGUUGAUUUUACUUCAGAUAGUUUAGAAUUUUAUGGACUUCGAGUCGAUGUUGAUCGAUAGCAGUGGCUGGCUUCUAAAACUUAAUAUUUAGCGACCCUUUUUUUGGGGGAAGUGGGUAGUUGGGCGAAAAUGGAGGAUGUAUGGUUGUUUAAGCAAGGUUGGAAAUGGCUGCAGUCACAGAAGCAUAUCUACUCUCGUGCUCGGACUUGGGCCAGCCAUGGCCGAGAUAAAGUUGGGAUUUUCAUGGAGAGGCAUUGGCCGAUGGUUUGCAGUGGAUUUGCGAGGCUUGGGAGGUUUAUAUGUUUUUUGUUGCUUUACUGGAAGAACUGCGUUAUAAGGGGAUUUCAUUCGUUUGUGGGAUUAGGUUCUGCGGCAUUACUACUCAUCAUGUGGAGUUGCUUUCUCAGUUUGACUUCCAUGUCUUGCUUGGUUUAUGUUCUUCUUAGUAUGGGAGCUGCCGGAGGUGCUGUGCAGUAUUUGGGCUACACUCCAGGACUUUUUAUUGUAGGACUCUUUGCUAUUCUAAUUUUGUGGAUGUAUGCUAACUUUUGGAUAACAGGGACACUAUUUAUAGUUGGAGGUUAUUUGUUCUCCCUAAAUCAUGCCCGGUUGGUUGUCUUAAUGGCAACUCUAUAUGCUCUAUAUUGUGUCAAAAUUCGUGUGGGAUGGCUUGGUGUUUUCCUCUCAAUAAAUCUUUCAAUUUUAUCAAACGAUGCAUUGAAUUUGAUGCUCCAAUGGUGUGAUAAUUUGAGAGAAACUACACAGUCCGAAGAGCAGAAGCAAUCGGAAACCAUAAUUGAAGAUGAUUUCUCUGGGGAGAGUGAAUACUCUGCUCCAACAGAAGAAGAAUCUGAGAAGCUGCAUUCUUGUAAAUCAACCAGUAAACCUGCAUCUACAUCUGUUAUUGAUAACCUGAAAGAAACUCCUGUUAUCAAGGUAGUCAAGGAGCAAACCUGUUCAGUCGAUGAGAUGAAAAGAAUUUUAAGUAGUAUUGACCACUACGAGGCGCUAGGAUUUCCACGCCACAAAAGAAUUGAUGCAUUAGUGCUGAAAAAAGAAUACCGGAAGAAGGCCAUGCUUGUGCAUCCGGAUAAAAAUAUGGGAAGUCCACUGGCUAGUGAAUCAUUUAAAAAGCUCCAGUGUGCAUAUGAGGUUCUUUCUGAUUUCACGAAGAAAAGAGACUAUGAUGAGCAGUUAAGAAAGGAAGAAUCCAGGACUUGGAGUGUCUGCCAGAACUCACAUGGUACUUCAAGUCAGGACGGUCCAGAUUAUUGCUCCGAGGAGUCAAGACGUAUACAGUGUACUAAGUGUGGACAUUCUCAUAUAUGGGUAUGCACCAAUAGGAGUAAGGCGAAGGCUAGAUGGUGCCAGGAUUGCUGUCAAUACCACCAAGCAAAGGAUGGAGAUGGAUGGGUGGAAUACAAAGGCUCUCUGGUCUUUGAUAGGCCUCAGAAGGUUGAGAUACCUCGUGCCUUUGUUUGUGCUGAGAGCAAAAUCUUUGAUGUUUCAGAAUGGGCCAUUUGUCAGGGAAUGGCAUGUAGACCCAACACCCAUCGACCAAGUUUCCAUGUAAACAUGGUUGGAUUGGAGAAAACACAAAGAUCGAACUCAAGUAGAUACCCGUGGGAUUUGGAUGCUGAAAUGAUGGAUGAAAACGAAGAAGCAUUUGAGCUAUGGCUUCAGGAGGCACUGGCUUCUGGCCUCUUUUGUGAGACCUCAAAACGCAGGAAGAGCUGGAGUCCAUUCAAGUUACCUCAAAAGAAAAGCAAGAAGCAAUGGCGAAGGACGUCAUGUUGAACAAAUUAUCAAAGAACUUGCAAGAACCGAAGAUGACAAAUUUUUCUGUUGCCAAUCCCUAGAAAGAGGUAAUAUCUCUGCUGGAUGAAUAGAAUUGGUGAUUGCCAGCAUCAAGAUUGAUAGGUAGCUUAAGCGAUUAAAACCUGGUAACCACUUAUCAGACAUGAGAGGGGAAGGUUUACUUUGUUGAGAUUAAAUUUGUUGGGUACCUUUGUAUCAGUACCUGAAAAAUUAGGGCGUUUCAAGUUUAAGAGCCUAGUUUUCAAUUGCGCUGCUUGCUGCAAGUUUAGCCACAUCCAAGUUUCAGUGGCUGCUGGGGAGAAUAAGCUCCUCAGUAAUGUGGGUCUCUGUAUCCUUCCUUGGUGAUGCAUUUGGCCAAGGAAACCUUGGGAAAUCAUUUUGGAACUUAGCAUCAUUUUGUACAUAUUUUCCAUGUUAAUAAAAUAUCUUGUUCGUAAGCUGACUUUA